AGAUGGUUGAAUAAGGGACCAGACAUUGUGGCCAUAAGCGACACGUUAAUUUCUGUACUUUUCGACUGUUAAUAUUCCAACGAAACAGUCGAUAAGGGUUCUUGAAAUUUCACAGUCAUAGAAAAGAAAUCUUGGAUUGUAAGACAUAAAAAAAUUAGAGGGCUAUCCAAAAACAGCCCUCGCGUCUGUACGCCCUUAAAGAAACGGUAUGAAGCGACGAAACGAUAGACGAAAAAUGUUUCAUAGAAAUUUCGGCUUUUAUCACAUUUCACAUCAAAGUUUAAUCGGCUCGUCAGAGUUAUUUGAUUUAUACAAUCGAUGUGAGCAGAGGUGCCAAGUUAAUUAACAUAUCGAGCUAUUUUUUUUCCUCAACGCAAGCGUGCAAGGAGGUACACAGCUGUGUUGUUUACACGUCGCUAUGGAAACAAUUCGAAAGAGCCAUCGAAGAAAAAUAGUAUUGUGGGUGGCGUGUAACGUUGCGAUAGCCGCUAAACACUUCGGUAUAGGAACGAAAUUGUUGUUUUUUUUGUCAGCUCGUUGUAAAACCGUUGACCAUGAUGAGAUCGUACAAAAUUUCAUGCUGGCAACAAGGUUUCAUUGUUAUUGUGGUUACUGUCGCGAUUCAUCUGUCCUCCGGAUUACAAAAUUGUACCGGCGAACCGUGCAUGUACGGGAUUUGCAUGGAUAACGCUAAUGGUUCGUAUGCGUGCUAUUGCAUCGACGGCUACACGGGAAUAAAUUGUGAGAUAAAUUGGGACGAUUGUUGGUCAAAUCCUUGUUACAAUGGUGGCACAUGCAACGAUGCUGUUGCCUCGUACAAUUGUACGUGUGCCGAUAGUUUUAUAGGAGUAAACUGCGAGCAAAAAUAUAGCGAAUGUAUGAAUCAACCCUGUCUCAACAACGGGACUUGCAUCGAUUACAACGGGUUCAUGUGCCAAUGUCUCGAGGGCUACUCGGGGGAUUAUUGCGAAAUCGACGCAUCCGUGUGCAAUAAUACAAUAUGCAAAAAUGCUGGAGAAUGCGUGGAGGGUCCGGGCUAUUCAUUUUACUGUAAAUGCACGGAAGGGUGGACCGGACUUUUUUGCGACGAUGACAUUGACGAGUGCGUCACAUCGCCGUGCCAAAAUGGUGGAUUGUGUCUCAACGUUCCUGCCACUUAUACCUGCGCUUGUUUGUUUGGUUUCACCGGAAAGAAUUGUGACAAGGCGAUUGUUCCAUGCGUGGAAAAUCCCUGCGAGAACGAAGCGAUGUGCCUGCUGGAGGAUUCACAGCCGGUUUGCUAUUGCGUGCCGGAUUAUCAUGGACAAUUGUGCGAGCAGCGCUACGACGAUUGUGAGUCUAAAUUUGCGAGAUGUGAAAACGGCGGUACGUGCGUCGACGGAAUAAACAAUUUCACGUGUUCCUGUCCACUGGAGUAUUCCGGAGAAAUGUGCCACGAAUACAAUCCAACAACGACAAUCAUUGCGAGCACCGCAGCCGUUAAUGCAACGAUGAAGACUGUCCCACUGCCUACAAUGAUUUAUUUAACUUCCCAAGAAACCCUGAAAUCGUCACCGAGCACGAGAUUCUAUUCGGAUAUGACGACGAGCAGCAAUGUUGAUCCGGACGAAGAAUUUUCUACGACGAAAUCGAUAGAACUCAAAAGCACAACACUUUCGCCUCCGAAAAACACGAGUUUCGUCGACGCUCGUUCGGACAUCGAUUCGAUUCAGUCAGAAACACUUUCAACUGCGCCAAUAAUGGAGCAUGCUCUUGAUUCAACCACCGCGAGAGUGAUUUAUCUCACAGCCUUAACGAGCGUGACUUCCAGUUCUCCCACAGAGACGAGUCUCGAGCGAGACUCCACGAAAUUUUCCGGGAGCAGCAUUUCUCAUGGAAUCUCUGACUCCACAACCGAAUUCGAGACUAAAAGUUCAAUCACUCCGGAACCAAUGGUCCCUCGCGAUACUUCAACGGUCUUCCAACCAGAAACUCCGUUCGAGCCCUCGAUCACCACAGAAUUUCCAGCCACAUCUUCGUCGCCAAAAAUUUCGAGUAAAACAUAUUCACCGAGUGGUGAAACUCGAGACGAUCGAGUAUUCACUUUUCUUACGAGCGCAAUGACAACCGAAGUCGAUCGUGAAGAUUCCGAGUCCGUCGACGUGCCUUGGAAAAGCUCUUCGAGUGCCACGACUUCCAGCGACGAAUCCACAGGAUUCGUUGACGAAAAUAUGGACGAUGUUACGACGAUGGAAGUAAUCGAUUUGUCCAAUGACACAAUGGACAAUUUUUCAACGAGAUUUUUCCUCGUCACUCCUUCAACCAAAGUUCCCAAAGACCUCGAACCCCGAGAAGAAACGAGUCACGAUUCCAGAACGACUACUCAAUCCUCUCGCUACGAUUGCAGCCAAGAGGAAUGCCUCAUCGCCAAUUGUCCUCAAAAUUCGACGCAAUGCGAUUGUCAAUCUCGGGACAAGUGCAAAGAUGGUCCAAGCAUUGAAAAUGCUGCGUUCAAUGGAAAAUCGUAUCUCAGACAACAAGUCAACAUCGACGCUGAUGGCUCUCUGCGGAUUUUUAUAAGGCUUAAAACAAAGUCGAAAAGCGGUGUUCUCGUUCACGCCUUUUUCGACGAUGAAAGAUACGUCCUUCUCUACAUGGAAGGAGGACAGCUUAAAUUUCAGUUUUCUUGUGGACUUCAAACUAUGCUCCUCGGAGAGAUCGACUCGCCCAUCAAUAACGGUUUUGACGUCGACGUUGAAAUGAGAUUUCAGUAUCUUAUUGGAACUGACGAUAUCGGAAAAUGUUCAGCCCGAUUGCUCGUUAACGAUACAAUGGCAAUGAGUGGCGAACAAAUACUGUCAUCCCACGAAAGUACUCCUCGUCAAGUGAGAAUUCACCUCGGUGGUAUACCUCAAGCAUUUUCCCAUUAUUUUCCUCGGAUUGCAAUGGGAUUUAUCGGUUGCAUGAGUCUCUUGAAAGUGAACAACGCGCCUCGUCACUUCAUUCACGAUUCGACAGAAACUUUUCAAAUUGAAGAAUGCACCUCCUUUCUGUGUUUGCUCAAUCCAUGCCGAAAUUUCGGAUCCUGUCACGAUAUUAAUGGGCAAGUUUAUUGCAAAUGCAUCGCUGGAUACAGUGGAACAGUUUGUGAGAGAUCAGCUUGCGAUGAUAAUCCCUGUUAUCUCGGUGCAACGUGCAUAAGUUCACCAGGAACAGGUUUCAUCUGCGUCUGUCCUUUGGGAAUGCACGGUCUUCUCUGUGAAGAAGAAUCUGCGAUCGUACAGCCAUCUUUUUCCGUUUUUAUUCCCGGCUUCUCGUCGUACGCUGCCUACGGUUUGACGAAUGCGAUAAAAGACGGGAUGGAAUUGAGAAUGCGUCUGGUGCCUCAUUCCCUUGACCAAAUAUCUCUCAUAGCGUUCAUAGGACAAACUGGAACGAAUCGCGAUGUUUCCGAUCAUUUUUCUCUCACUUACGUACGUGGGUACAUUAUGCUCACCUGGGAUCUAGGUUCAGGUGUCCGAAGAAUCUUUACAAAAAGCCCGUUAAGGACACGAGCUCAUCGGCCUCACACUCUUCGAGUUGGACGGCGAGGACGUGAAGCUUGGCUCUCGGUCGAUGGACUCGGAAAUAUAACUGGUGAGGCUGCUGGGACGAUGACACAACUGGACGUUUCUCCGAUUCUCUAUAUCGGUGGGCACAAGUCGAGAAAUUUCGAAACGCUCCCCCACGAUUUGCCACUUCAUACGGGAUUUUACGGUUGUAUAUUCGACAUCGAGUUACGAACCGACGAUACGGUUUUCCCGAUAACGAAAUCAAGUCCGGCAACUGGACGAGGCGUCGGCGAGUGUCACCGGAACGAGUGUUCUCACAAUGCUUGCAAAAAUGGAGCUUUGUGCCUCAAUCACGGACCUACGUACAGUUGUGUCUGCAUGAAAGAGUGGGAAGGCGCCGAUUGUUCUGUGCCAGCGGUAACGUGUUCAUCCUCAACACCGUACAUGUGCCAGAAAGCUGAUAGAUCGCCAUGAUCAUUAGUGUAAAUUGAAGGGGCAGUACACUUGGAACGAUUGGAAAGAAAUAAUUGAAUCUACUCCCUUGGAGCGACGGGGCUUUAAGAUUCAGAAUUUCUUUCAUUUAAAAAAAUUGGUACACGUUUGUUAGCGAGCACUAUGAAAAGAGAACAUUCAAAUAACUUUCGUAUGGUGCCAUUCGAGCUCGCCAUCGAAAAAGUUACUGAAUAACUGAUUUUUGUUAAAAGAAAACCUAAGAAUGUAUAGGAAAAUCAAUUUUUUCGAUUGUAUUGUACGUCCCUCAACAUCGUAGUGAAAAUUGUAUAACAAGACUUUAUAAGUAUCUAGUCAACGACUGUUCAAUCUUCAUGUUCUUCGUUCAUCUCGUAUAGUCUAAAAUUUAGCUUUACGUAUUGUUCAAUCGAGUUUUAUUUCAUAUGUAUGAAUUUUUAUUAACUAAAUUUGUGUUACCA